AUGACAGGGAUAUCAAGUAUUACAUCGUUUGAAUUUGUCCUGAAACGCAAGAGCAUGUUCUAUAUUGUGAGUAUCAUCUUUCCCAUGACUCUUCUCUCGCUGCUCAACGCCUGUGUGUUCCUUCUACCAGCUGACUCCGGAGAGAUGAUGUCGUACCUCAUCUCAAUAUUUGUGUUCUAUGCAGUGUUCAUGAACUUCGUCAAUGACUCUAUCCCCAAAUCUGGAGACGUGUGUCGACUAUCUGUGUACCUGACCCUCGUUCUCUGUCUGAGCUGCCUGACUAUCAUCACAACCAUGGCCUCUCUCAAUAUCCGCAACAAUGGCCACGACGAGUCCACGACGAGUGUAAAGCCUGCGAAUGUAAAGGUAGACACGAACAGACCUGUAAAUCCUUGUGUAAAGUCUGCACUGAACGCCCGUCGAAGAGAACGCGUCUUGUUCGUGGUGUUCCUGCUUCUGGCUCUCAUGUCCCUGCUGGUGUUUUGUGUAUAG